UGGUGUGCUAGCCGGAGUGCUAACUGGUGUGCUAACCGGGGUGCUAGCCGGGGUGCUAGCGGAGCAGAAAGACAACAUGGACGAUGACGAAGAUCUUGACGAACUUUUGGACGAAGUAGAAAAAAAGUUUUGUCGCAACGUUUCUGUCGCAUCGUCAGCUCGAGGGGGGGGCACGAGCGAGGCCGGAGGAGCGAGGAGGCUCAGUGCCACAAAAUCAGUCGCACAGAGAAGCAGCAUCACUGAGGACAUCGAUGCACUUCUGGAAGAACUCGUGGAGGAUGAACACGGAGAUUUCCACCAGUCAAAGAGAGAAAAACUCCCUAAAGAACCACGAGUGGAACCCAAGCCUCCGUCUGGAGGGAGAAAGUGCUGUCCUGUGUUCGUGGGCGGAAGCUCGGUUACAAAUGGCGUCGGAACAGCCACAUCCAAAAGGUCCUGUGACCGGCUGAGGUGUAUAUCCUGUGACUUCAGGGUCCUGAUGUUUGAUGACUGUGAGUGGGACUCGUCCUGUGAUUACCUGUUCCUCAGGAACAACGUGCCGGACCGUCAGAAGCUCCGAGCCAAACUGAAGAAGAGGAGAGGUUUCCGGGCUUACGCCUGCCAGUGCAGCUGGUUCUCCUCUUCCUCCUCCUCCUCCUCCUCCUCCUCCUCCUCCUCCUCCUCCGAGCCGACAGACCUCGGGGUCCACCCACAGCUCAGAUGGGUCUGUGGAAAACACCAGGACUGACGUUCAACGGUUAGAAACUGGAAUGAAAAAGAACGAAACUCGAAAGAAGAACUGGUGUUUUUCUUUUCUCCCUCUGUCCCAAUGAAUCUGUAAAGUGUCAGUUGAUUUUGUACAGUGUGCGUUUGCAUUGUUCAGUCCUGACUCAGCACUGGAUCAGGCGCCUCUGAACAGGAGAGUGAUGGACUGAGAGAAGAACACAGGCUGACAGAAGUGUGACUCAGUCUCGGACAGCAGGGUCACUGAGGAGGAGGAGGAGGAGGAGGGGAGCAGGAGGAAGAGGAGGAGGAAGAACGUGAAAACAACAGCAGGGGAUGGAAGACUGAAGUGUCGGCUGUUGGCUCCUCCUACCGGAGCCUGUUCCGGAAGAAAAGUGAAAGGAACAGGGCGGCGACCUGCACGGCUCCAGCGUCGGGUCGUGAGAUAUUAAAAUCAUUUAAAUUACACUUGUAGAAUAAUAAACACGAGUCGGACUUAA